AUGCUUCCUCCAAACCCGGAGCUGAUACAUGAUGAGAUUUUCAGGCCCUGCAUUGCCAAUUACAACGACAUCUACACUUGUCUGAAGAACGGCAGUAUAAGACUUGGGGAGGUGAACCAGCUCUUCGCAGUACGGAUCCGGUAGGUAGCAAUCGUAAUGACUCACUGCCGUGAAAUACAUUUGUUAGCGACCUGGAGGAAAGACAGCAGAUCAACAUCGGGAUGAUGCCCCUAAACCAUUUCAUGGAAGUCCAUCAAAUCGACCAAAUGCCUUCUCCCAUGGCGGGUGUUGUCACCUACUUCUGUCUGGAUGAAGACAUCAGAAACAUGGCCGAGAACCUGCACACUUUCAUGAAAGACUGUCGUGGCUUCUGACGAAAUAGAUGAGGAUAAUCCCGAUGAGCUUGAGCAAGUACCUGACAUUAUGGCAACACCGGAGCUGAUACACGAUGAGACUGAUAUCACGGUCAUACAUUUACGCAACUUAAAGACACUCAGAAACUUCACUUGUCUGAAGAACGGCAGUAUACGACUCGGGGAGGUGAACCAGCUCUUCAGUGCUUACAAGGGAAACUACGAAGAGCUUUCAAAAGAUUUGGAAAUCAUGUGCCGAAUCGAUAAAUCCACCGACAAACAGUGGAUCCACAGCAGGGUGCAACAGAUCGAGCAGUAUCACGAGCUUCAUCUGGCUGUGGCUUCGGCUGACAUCAUCAUGAAGGUGAAAGAGACGCUUCACCUUCAAGGAGACUUCAGGGUCCUGGAGACGCUCACUGAAGCUGUAAGUGACAUUUCUACAGGGAAUAAAACCAGUGGGGUUGAUUCAAGGUCUACAAUGAUUGAUGUGUUGAAAAACAAGUCUAUAUUGGCUGAUAUCACAAAAAGUCUGCUACCAUACAACUUUAAUGAAAGACUUAAUUGAAAGCAGCUGAACUUUGGGAGUAAACAUAAACUUUUUCUGAUAUUAAAAUUAGGCAAACUUUUUUAAUAUAUACAGAUAAGUUGAGUCAACUUAGAGAUGACACUAGAGCUGUAAUCCUAAUCAUGAUUACUUUGAUGGAGAUUGAUAUUACGGUCAUACAUUUACGCAACUCAAAGAUACUCAGAAACUUUUUUGUUUAUAAAAGUAUGUCUGUCCAUUUAACUGGAUAAUAUAAAUGUUUUAGAAAGUCAAAUGUACUCCUUCUGGUACUGUGCGUCAGUUCUUUGCUUCACUUACUUAAUGGCAGACAUCAACCAUAGCAGGAGCUGCAACUUCCUCAUGCUAUUAAACUUUGCUUCACAUUGAUCUGAGCUCUUAUGAUGAGGUGAAAGUGAGAGCGUUUUGAGGGGAAAGGUCCGUGCCCUCACUUUGUUCAGCUCAUAUGAUGUAAACAGGGCAACACAGCCGCUGCACAAUGAUUGUUCCAUCUUUGCUAUCAUAUUGGUAAUCAGAAUUAAAAAUCUGAUUGAUCGCCCACCCCUUGAUGACAGUAUGAUAGAGAUCAGUGCUCUCAUUUGUAUCAGUGAUAUUGAAUAUGCCAUGAAUGAAUCAGUGUAUACACACUGAUGGAUCAUCAUAUCUCUGUAAAGGUAGUGGUUUGGAUGAUGUGGAGAGUGAAUACACAGUGAAAUAUAGAAGUAUGGAUCAGAUUGGGUCAAAACUCUUCAUUUUUUUUUUCAUCUCAUCAGAGCCGAGCAGACUUUCAGAACGAGCAGCUCAGCCGCAUCGACAACGACUUGAUGCUGGCCAAGAAAGUUCUGGUGGACAUCACAGAGCCCCGCAGACUGUGCCUGCAGGAGCUGGGACUCAGAGGACACUUUGUGAAAUGGGUGAAAGAUGCACUGGAAGGUACGUUUUAAAAUCAGAAGUUUGAUUUUUUUCUAAAAAUUAAUGAAGUUUUAGUUCCUAGAGUCUAGUUAUUUAAACUAGCAUGUAUAUCAGUUUGGAGAGUUUCCCAGAAGACAGCCAUUAAAUUAUGGUUCUGGGAAAACAGUAUUUCAAGUCUAUAGUGGCCUCUGUCUCAGUUGUUAUAACUUUUCAUUUACAGAUAUCAACGAGUUGAAGGUCUUUGUCGACCUGGCUUCCAUCUCUGCGGGAGAGAAUGACAUGGACGUGGAUCGAGUCGCUUGCUUCCACGAUGCGGUCCUCGGCUACUCAUCGAUGCUGUAUGAGCUCAAACCAGAUUCUGGUUUCCAGGUCUUCAAAGAGGUGCUCCGUAAGCUGUGGAGAGCCCUGGAGAAUGACUGCAACCUGCCAAAAAAGCUGGUACGAUGAGCUCCACUGUUGAACUCAUAAUUUCUCUUUACUAGAGCUGUUAUAAUGUCUCUGUUGGCUACUGGAGGUUGAACUAAAUACAGUUAUAUCAGCAAGUUUAGUGCUUCCUGAAAUUUUAGCACAAAAGCAAUGGAGGUUUAACAGCAUGACAAACAGUGGACGGCUGACAGUACAGCCUACUCUAUGACAGUCUACUUUGACUGACUCACUUACACCACAACCUGGACAGACUCUCCCAAGGUGUGCUUACUUCACAGAACUGGAUGCAAACUUUGACUCUCUCUGAUUUACUGAAAAUCAAAUGUUUCUGCAUCACAGACAUCAGAGAUGAGGAGGAUGAGGAUCUCAAAUUUCUAAAGCAAAGAGUGAAUCACCUAAUACCGGAUAUUGGACAUCACCUCUAACAUGCUCUUUUCUUCUGUAGCGAGACAGUGCACGGCAUCUGGAAUGGCUGAAGACGGUGAAGGACAGUCAUGGGUCAGUGGAGCUGUCAUCUCUGUCUCUUGCAUCAUCCAUCAACAGCAAAGGCAUCUACCUGAUAAGUGCACAAGAUGUAAAAAAGGUAACUUAAAACACCAAAGACAAUGACUUGCAGCAGAAAGGUAGAGAAAAAAAAAAGGUUGCCACAGAUUAUUCCUGAGUGCAUCUCUGCUCUUUAAUCCAGCUGAGCCUGGACACAGCCCUAAAGCUCCAGAUUCCAGAGGAGCAUGAUGAAGGUCAUCAGAUGCGCUGCUAUUCUCUGGAGGACCUGCGGGAGCUGCAGAACAAACUUAUGCUCAUGUCUGGGAAAGGAGAUCAAGGCCAGAACGAAGUCGAUCACUUUGUAGAGGUAUACCGCAGUUUAAUUCAUGAAAAGCUGUUGUCAUUAGCCUUUCAGAUGAAAUGCAUAGUUUUUUGGAAUUGUGUUCAUUUUUACCCAUUUAGCUUGAGGACACCUGUUAGCCCUGUAAAAAAAGUGCACAUGCCAAAAACAUAUAUAAGGUCAACCAACCCUGCUUUUGUUUUUCAGGUUUUUGCAAGCGUCCAAAGACUUGCUGAGGCAUUCAUUGCCCUCUACACUGCUGGGAAUCCUCUAUUCAGACACUGGGAAGCACAAAUCAACUGUUCUCUUAACAACAAGCAGCCCAGUAUCAUGAUGGACUUUAACCUUGGUAGUGUUGUCAGCGUUGUCAUUGUGGAGGGCAGCAUAGAGGAGCAGCUUCCUGAAUUUUGCAGGAAGAUGGAGAAGUGUUUGGACUAUUGGAGGGACUUUGUGGACAAACAGAGAUCCAAGCAUUACUAUCUGAACUACUACACAGCUGAACAGAUUGUAUACCUCUGCAGCAAGCUCUGUCAGGAAAAUGUGACCAAAGUUGAUCACCAAGUUCUCAUGAUGCUGUCCUUUGUCAAGCCAAAUUGCACAGCCUCAGACUUGAGGAAGGUCUGGCACAGACUCCGGUAUGAAAUCCUCACCAAGCCAGAAGAACAAAACGAGGACAUUGAGUUCCAGACUUUCAUUGUAGUGCCACAAACCGAGAUGAUGGAUUCAGAUUUCACCAACGAGGUUGAUACGUUGCCAAGCCUUGUGGAACAGGCCAGUGGGUCCCAAAAGUUUGAUCUCAUAUGGAACACUUACAUGCAAGACAUGAAAAACUUUCUUCCACAAAUUCUUGAUAUAAAAAAUCUGGGGAGGCUUUUGGAAAUAUUGGCCAACAAAGAAGAUGAACGUGAAGGAAGUGACGAGGAAGAAGACAUUUCUGACAACGCAGGUCUCAUAAUGAGACAGCUACCUAAAGGUCUUGCAGCAGGGAAUCCAAACCUCAUUGUUUGUCCACAUGAUGAUGUCUUGACAUCUUGCAUCUCCAUUUACAUGAGCAGUGCAAGCGAGCCGCUUCCAUCCUAUGACGAGGUCCUCCUUUGCAGUUCCUCGACACCUUAUGAACAGGUGGAGUUAUUUCUCAGACGCUGUCUCGGCACAGGCUACAGGGGACAGAAGAUCUACUCUCUGCUGUAUGGAGAUCUCCUCUCGUAUGAUGUGAGCUCGAAGGUUGAGAACUUCUUCCAACGCAUGAAAAUGCAGAGCCGGAGGGAUUACAGGCUUGUUAUUCUCUGCAGCUCAGAGAGAGAACACGCCUACCUUCCUUCAGCCUUCAGUCAGUACAGGCUGCACAUGGUUCCCCAGGAGCCAUUGGCCAGGAUCCAGAGAUACCUGCACAAACACUUUGUGGUCCCAGCAGAGCAGUGCAGUGCUGCAGCUGCUUUCAAAGACCGACUGCGUGUUGGUGUCGUCUCCUCAGAAAGAGCCGGUGUUGGUGGGUAUAUUACAUUGAGGAUUCAUUGAUGUUAAAUACCAGGGCUUCACAGUAUUAAAAAAAGCAUUACUGUGUUUUUUCCCAACUGCAAUCUGCAUUACAAUAUGACAAAAUACAGAAUUUGUGUUUCAGGCCAGAUGACUGACUUUUGGGCAUGCACACAAUUGCAGUUGCCAUACUUUAAAUAUAUUUUUCAGCUUUGUUAAAUUCUUGAGUUCGUAUAUUAUCAUAAUCUGUUAUUGACUUGAUAUAUUACAGGUAAAUCUCUUUACAUCAAAAGGCUGUAUGAAAAGCUCAGGCUCUCUACAAAAAAGUCAACAAUGUUGAGAUGCAUCCGCUUGAUUGAACCCUGCGUCGAUGAGAACGUCAUCCUUCAAUCGCUUCUGAAUACCUCAGAGAGGAACGAACUGGUGGUGUUUCAUUUCGACAUCACAUCAUCGGUAAUGAUGAGUCUUGUCCCGGUGCAUCAGAGUCAUAUUCAACAGCUGACAUAUGGUGUUAACUGACUCUGUUUUUGUCUUUGGGGAAAAAGGUGCAGAAAGGUCUCCAUGAGUUCCUUUUCAAACUGCUGGUUCUGCGCUAUUUGAUGGACUCUGAAGGAAAAAUGUGGAAGUGCAGUGACAAGCAGCUGUAUCUUGUAGAGAUGUUAGAGCACGCAAGAAAUGCCUCACAGCAGGUGAGAGUUUUUACAAGUUUUUUUUAUUUUCAGUCAUUUAUUGUUCAAUUUAAUUUUUCGUUGAGUUUCUAACUCUGUUUUCCUUGUAGGCUCAACCCGUCAAAAGUACAUUCACAGAUGUGUUUCCGAACAUUUUCUGCCAACCACCCAAAAAGGUCCUAAUGCUGGAGAUGAGCAAGGCAGAAGAUCCCACCCUUGCAAACACUGACAACCCGCUGAUGGAUGAUGAAGAAUUCCGCAGUGCAGCCUUUCAACGGCCAUACCAGUACCUCACACGCUUUCACAACCACAGUGAUCUUGAUGUGUUCACAUUUCAAGGUGUUGAAGGUUCACAUGUGGAGUGUCUGCAGAUGUUUCUCAUGUACUGUGGAAUGAUGGACCCGUCCUGGGCUGAGCUGAGAAAUUUUGCCUGGUUCCUCAACCUGCAGCUGCAGGACUGUGAGACAUCUGUGUUUUGUGAUGCCACUUUUACUGGAGACACGCUGGCUGGAUUCAAAACCUUUGUGGUGGACUUCAUGAUCCUGAUGGCUAAAGACUUUGCCACUCCAUCACUCAGUAUUUCUGACCAGAGCCCAGGCAGGCUGACGACGAACCUGGAUGGUGUCCGAGAUGAGGACUUGGCCCCUUUCUUGAUCAGAAAGAGAUGGGAAACAGAGCCACACCCGUACAUCUUCUUCAAUGACGACCAUGUGUCUAUGACCUUCAUUGGUUUCCAUCUUCAGCUCAAUGAACAGAACUAUGUUGACGCAAUUGAACCCACCUCGGGAAGAGUGAUUAAAAGGAAUGUCAUGACACGAGCAUUGUAUGAAGGCCUAAAGCUGCAGAGAGUCCCAUUCAACAUCGACUUUGAUAGCCUACCAAGAGGAGAGAAAAUCGAGCGGCUCUGCAGUGUUCUUGGUAUCCAGUGGCCUCUUGACCCCGACGAAACAUACGAGCUAACAACCGAUAAUAUCCUGAAGAUGCUGGCGAUCCAUAUGCGGUUCAGAUGUGGCAUUCCUGUCAUCAUCAUGGGAGAGACUGGGUGCGGCAAGACGAGGCUGAUCAGAUUCCUUUGUGAGUUGCGGAGGAGCGGUGUUGCCACGGAGAACAUGAAACUGGUCAAAGUGCAUGGAGGGACAAGCUCAGAGAUGAUUUACAACAAAGUCCGAGAAGCUGAGGAUAUUGCCUCAAUCAACAAGCAAGACUAUGGAUUUGGCUCUGUCCUCUUCUUUGAUGAGGCCAACACAACAGAGGCCAUCAGCAGCAUAAAGGAGGUCCUCUGUGACAAGACAGUCAAGGGGGCGAGCCUGGCACAGGACUCUGGGCUGCAGAUCAUUGCAGCUUGCAACCCUUACCGAAAACACACCGACGAGAUGAUCAAGAGGCUAGAAUCGGCUGGUCUUGGGUACAGAGUUCGAGCUGAGGAGACGGAUGAAAAGCUUGGGUCUAUCCCUCUCCGCCAGUUGGUCUAUAGAGUUCAAGCAUUGCCACCAAGCAUGAUCCCCCUCGUGUGGGACUUUGGGCAGUUGAAUGAUCAAACAGAGAAGAUAUACAUCCAGCAGAUUGUGCAGAGAGUGAUUGAAAACAAAGCAAUCAGUCAGACGUACCUCAAGUGCAUCACUGAUGUUCUUUCAGCUUCUCAGAAGUAUAUGCGCACCAGGAAGGAUGAGUGCAGCUUCGUCAGUCUGAGAGAUGUCGAGCGCUGCAUGCAGUCUUUUGUCUGGUUCUAUGAGAAUCACGUCAUGUUGUUUGCAGAACUCGAGAAGUUUGAGAGACAUCAACAUGCUGAGAACAGUGAAAGGACUCAGAGACAGCUUGAGGUCAGAGACCCGGUGCUCUGGUCUCUGGUUAUGGCCGUUGGAGUAUGUUACCAUGCCUGCCUAGAGAAAAAGGAUAAAUACAGAGAGAAAGUCAGCAAAAGCCUUCCACCAGCAUACACCCCGGGUAAGCUGAUGCAGGAGAUCUCACUCAUGCAGGAUGUACUUUUGAGCGGUGUGCCAAUGGGGGAUACCAUCGCAAGAAACAGUGCCCUUAAAGAGAAUGUCUUCAUGAUGGUCCUCUGCAUUGAGCUGAGAAUCCCUCUCUUCUUAGUCGGUAAACCUGGGAGCUCAAAAUCCCUGUCAAAAACUCUGGUGGCAGACGCGAUGCAGGGCCAAGCUUCUCAUUCUGACCUCUACAAAAUGUUCAAACAGAUCCAUUUGGUGUCCUUCCAGUGCAGCCCACACUCAACACCAGAGGGCAUCAUUAAUACUUUCAAGCAAUGCGGACGCUUCCAGGAAGGAAAGAACUUGGAUGAGUACAUUUCAGUCGUGGUUCUUGAUGAGAUUGGACUUGCUGAAGACUCUCCAAAGAUGCCACUGAAAACUCUCCAUCCCCUGCUAGAGGAAGGAUGCAUCGAUGAUGAGCCACUUCCACACAAAAAGGUCGGCUUCAUUGGAAUCUCCAACUGGGCUUUGGACCCUGCAAAGAUGAAUAGAGGCAUUUUUGUCUCCCGUGGUGACCCUGAUGACAAGGAGCUCAUUGAGAGUGCUAAAGGCAUCUGUAGAUCUGAUGCAAUGGUUUUAGAGAGGGUCAGGGACUUCUUCCAGCCUUUUGCAAGAGCCUACUUGAACAUCUGCCACAAACAAACAAAACAGGGCAAAGGGUUUUUUGGCUUGCGUGACUACUACAGCUUGAUCAAGAUGAUUUUCGCGCUGGCAAAGGUUUCUCACCGGAAACCCAAUGCUGAAGAAAUCAUGAAGGCAGUGCUGAGAAACUUCAGUGGCAGAGAUGAUGUGGAUGCAGUCACUGUCUUCUCCAAGAGACUGAAAAUUACACCCAAUCUGGAGAACAUCAGUGCCAUUGAGUUUGUGAGAGAAAACAUUCAAGCAGUUGGUCAAGAAGAAGACUGUCGCUACCUGCUGGUGUUGACAAAAAACUAUGCCGCCCUCCAGAUUCUUCAGCAAACCUUCUUUUCAGAAAGCGGUCAGCCAGAGAUCAUCUUUGGAUCCAGCUUCCCAAAAGACCAAGAGUACACCCAAAUCUGCAGAAACAUCAACAGAGUGAAGAUCUGCAUGGAAACAGGUCAAACAGUUGUGCUUCUUAACCUGCAGAACCUCUACGAAAGCCUCUACGAUGCCCUCAACCAGUACUAUGUCUGCUUGGGAGGACAGAAAUAUGUUGAUCUUGGACUGGGAACCCACCGUGUAAAAUGCAGAGUGCACAAGGACUUCAGGCUGAUCGUCAUAGAGGAGAGAGAGGUGGUCUACAAACAGUUCCCAAUACCUCUCAUAAACAGGCUGGAGAAACACUACCUGGACAUCCAAACUGUCCUCAGAACAGAGCAGAAAAGGCUGGUGGAGGAACUAGAAAGAUGGGUAAAAGUCUUUGUGACUGUCGAAAGUCAGCGUACCGCAGCAGCUCAGACAUACAAGUACAAACCAGCAGAUGUCUUCAUUGGUUACCACUCGGACACAUGUGCAUCUGUGCUGCUUCAAGUCAUCGAGAAGCAGAAGGACAGUGUAGACAUGUCAGACCCAGAGAGGAGAGUUCUAGACCAGGCCAAGCUCAUCCUGCUCAAAUGUGCUACCCCAGACUCAGUGGUACGACUGGACUGCACGCACCUCCCUAAAGUGGAGAGUGAAAACCUGUCCAGGGUCUACUUUGAAGAGCAGAGCAACAGCUGUUUAGCUGACUUUAUUCUUGCUCACAUAACUCAGGAAGCCCACUGCCAAUCCUCCUUCACAGAGGUAACUUUAAAGCUAUCGAACAGUCACAGUUUAGAGAUACUGGAGAACUUUUGAGUCCGUUAGAAAGUCUCACUAAUGAAUGUCAUGUCAAACUUCAGGUGACAACAUUUUCCAGGCUGCUGACUGCGUCCAAUUUGGAACCACUGGAGCAAAUGCUGCACAGUGUUGAGCUCCUCUCACUCCAGCAGUUUGACACAGAGCAGUCCUUCCUGAAGAAGAUCAGGUUUGUUAAUUUACCAACAAAGUAAUUUUGAGUUUUUUACAACUGUAAAAACUCAGUCAUACUAUACCAGAAUCAUUGAAAACCCUUGAUUCUCUGUUUUUACUGUUUUCCAGGGAUUUUCAAAGUUAGCUACAGCUUUACAGUUUAAAAUGGAUUAAUUGUCCAGCCCUAACUGGCACCUGCUUAAGGGCGUAAAAACACUAUUUUUGAUGCUUUUGCCUUAAGGACGGGAAAUUAGCUGGGCAUUUUCAACCCUAAGAACACUCUUAAGCAACUUUCUGUGGUGUACUGAAUCAAAAAAGUGCACUUUAUAGGAAAAAUCUGAAGGGUGAAUUAAAUUUCCAGGCAAGGGGGAAUUAUGAAGAGCUAUUAGGUGGGCAUGUCAUUCAUCAUUGUCCCAAAGAACCCAUAUCCUGACUUUAGACUCAGUUUGAGUCUUGCAAAGUUCAGAGAAGCUGGAUGAACUUUAUACUUUUAAUCAAAAUACAGAUCAGCACCAUAGGUCUCCUUCCAGGAUAUUCCAGAUGUCUAUGAAAGAAUAAUAUGCUCAUGACUGCAUUUAUCUUGACAUACAGUCUCAUUAAAGAUAUAAAAUUCCUGUUUUUUUAUAGGAACUUCCUCACAGCUGAAAACAGGGGUGGUCACAUGGGACCCUCCGACAAGAUCCUCAUCAUCCAGUGUGAUUUUGAAGUGUCUCAAAGUGCCAAUCUCAUUGCAUCUGCAAAGUAAGUCGUCCCCCCCACUAACUGUGCAUGUGCGAGUGGCUUUGUCAUGUGACGUUUAACUGUUCAUUUUCAGGUAUUCAUCCAUAAAUGAGAUCAAUAAGAUCACUCAGGAGGGCGUGGGAAGCAGGGUGUUUGUCUACUUCAUCACCAGAUUGCCAAGAAUGGAAGGAGGAAGCUCUUACAUUGGCUUUCAUGGAGGUAAGGAGGCUAUACUGAUAUACUUAAACUGUACUUAAAUGUUCCCAUUAGUUUAUCUGAGGCUGAGGAGACUAUCUAAGACAUGUUGGUUUUCACAGGCCCCUGGACAUCAGCUCACAUUGACGACCUCAGACGGUCCAAAGACAUCGUUGGAGAUAUCAAAGCUCUGCAACAAAUGACCAUCAGUGAGAUGUUUGAAACAAAGACAGAUCAGCCUGAAGGUAACAAAUUCAUAAAUGAAUUAUGGAAAAAUUGUUGUUUCAAAUACCUUAAUAUUAAGACUAUUUUCUAAAAUCUUUUCUCAUCUGCAAAUGUUUAUGGUGCUUCAUUUCAUGAAAAUGUUUUUUUUUUAUAGCCAUGGAAGUUGAUGACAUGUACACAGAGACUGAGGAGGAAGCAGCUCAAGGAAAUGAGCAGCUUGAGGAAAAGGUAAGUCUUCAACAUUAACUUGUAACAUCUGUAAAAAAAAGAUCCUCAAACUGGAGUAUAAAAUAUAUUUCCUGUACAAUUCUGGCCUGUGUUACUUGUGACACUUACCUUUGACCUGGGUGUUUUCUCACUGCAGGGCCGGGAUAAUGUUGUGGACACCACGGCGCUGCUGAGGAGCUGUGUGCAGAGUACAGUAGGCAUGCUGAGAGACCAGGUGGACAGCGGUCUCCGUAGCACUCAGAGGGUUGAAAUCCUGCUGGCACUCCUCAGUGACAACGAUGAAAUCAAAGGUACACACAGCUUUAAAGUGAUUUUACAGCAGCUGCGGGGCUCUUAAUAACGUCACACUCUUAACAGGUGAAUUCCUUCAAAUUAUGAAGAGACACCUCCACUCACUGCUGUCGUCUCAUGAUGGGAACACCUUCUCAUCUAUCAAGAGCAACUGGGUGAUUAAGGAGGCGUCAAACAUUGACGCUCUGCAAGAAGGUGGCACUUUCAGGUGGGUGUUCAGUCACAAAAAUGAUGAUUGUCUUCCUAUCAUUCCUGUUUAAACAGCUUCACUAAUAUUUGUGGGUCUGUACAGGAACACCUUGUGGAAGCGAGUCCAGGCUGUGGUUGUGCCCCUCUUCGCCCAACUGGUUUCAGUCAUUGACCGGGACCAGAACUUGAACAUCUUGCUUGGAGACUGCAGUGAAUCUGUCAAAAGGCUGUGGUUGGAUAUCUUUGGCAAUGAUAAACUUCUGGAAAUCCCACACCUGACACUGGAUCAUAAGUAAGCAGUGAAAAUGCUGUACAAAUUCCUCUAAGUAGACAGAUCAUACUUUAUACUUGCCUGUCUUGAGCUUGUGUUGUAUUUUCUGUUCAAAGCAAUGAGACAAGAACAAUCCUCGUGCAGAACAACAUCGCCCAGGACCAGAUCAUGAGCUGCAGCAUGCCUUUCAGCUGGAGGAUCAAGAACUACCUGGAGGAACUUUGGGUCCACGCUCUUCAGCAUGAAGGUAACGGCAUGUUAUCGAGCAGGCUCAAUCAUUGCGACUGUUAUGUUUUCACCUUCUAACUUUGACUCUGAAUGUGAACGUGUUUCAGGUCACACUCAGCUGGAGUUUGAUGAGUUCUUUUGGAAGACGCCACUCGGGCGAUACAUUGCAAAUGCAGACCCUGAGAUGCAGAUGGAGUUUUUUCAACGCUACCUUCAGGAUUUUAUCCUCAUGACAAUGAAUGUGACUUGCCAAGAAGACCUGCAGGUAAACUGACAGUAACAUGAUUUACUUUGAUAUUUUAGGUAUUGAUUUAAAGCCUCUUCUGUGCAUGCUUUGUGGUCCUAUGCAUAUAAUUUUUUAUUUUCUAGAUCCUGCGUGGUGCCUUGAAUUGUUGUGUCAAUGAGCUGCGACUGCAGCUUGAGGCCACAGAUUCAGUAACGUCUCUUUCAUGGGUCCAUGCCGGUUAUCAUGAUUUCAAAAACCGGCUGCAGAACCUCUCCAGAAUUAUCUGUUUAGAGCCCCAGGUGACACACCAGCUCUUGCAGAGACACGAUGCCACAGAUGGGAAUGAACUGGUGAGCUCCCAUCAUCAUUUAAGUCAUAAUAUAUUCUAUGUUGCUGUUUUUAUAUUGUGGUUGUAUUCCCCCUGUGUCCUAGGUACUGGAUGUGUAUGCUGCAUUUGCAUGUGUAGAGUACCUGGAGCCUACAGGUCUAGACACAGACGCUCAGAGACAAAUCUGGCUGAGACAGGUCAAAAAACUUCAAGUUCCCAUCGAGCUGAUCUGCUCAGAGGACAGUGUGAGACGCUACGGAGAGCGCAGCAAGACUAUUGUAAACAGAGUCAGGUAAGCCAUGCUCUGGAAAUUACAUGAAAGUGGUCUUGAGCUGUAUAUGCUGAAGUUUUAGGAAUUUAUCUAGUAACCCCUUUAGUUUUACUGAAUUGAAUGUUUCUGGUUUACGGUCCUUACUUUUAGAGACGGAUGGAAUCGCAUAUUUUCUCUCUCUUUGUUUGUGGAGCACAUGUUGUUGGGCGUUGAGGAGAUCGAGAGAAAGCUUGUCCCCCUGGUUUUGGAGCACACAAGAGGGCUGGGCCAGGUUGGUUCAUUACAAGACUCACCUUAAAGAGAUUGCAGACAGGAAUGAAGGAUAACAGAGGGUUUAAAUAAACUAAAUAUCAUGUGCUCCGUCUCAUUAAGGUGCUGGGGAAAAAUUCAGACCUCAAGACCAAGCAGACGUUUGAAGCUGUGAUCGGUUUGCUCAAAAUCUGCAAAGACAAAGCAGUCAACAUCUUCUUCAGGUAAAGACUUUAGUUUUUGUUUUUUGAGUUGUACAAAAAAACAUUAUUUCUGAACUUUGCCUCCUCUGAGGUCCUCUUCUCUUUUAACUUUUAAUCCAGGUUCGGUGUCACGCAGUGUCCAGUGUGUAUGGGAGACCCCCAAAAUCCAAUCUGCCUGCCGUGUGAACACAUGUACUGCUUAGCGUGUAUCAAACAGUGGUUGGGUCCUGGUCAGAUGUACUGUCCUCUCUGCAUGCAGCCAGUUGAGGAUAACUUCCCGAUGGUUUCCUCAGAGGACAUUCGGUUAGUAAUGUUUGGAUCAGAGCAGCAAGCUGUUGGUUACCUGUCUGUCUACUGGCCCAGACUAAUCUACUGUUUUUCUUUUGUGUGUGUGUAGGGCACUUGUCAACAAACAUGCACAGUUCAGAAAGCAGUGCAAUGCUUUCUUCAUUGACCUGGUGUCCACCGCGUGCUUCAAGGACAACUCUCCCCCCAGUCGAGCUGUCAUCCUCCAUUUGUUGUCCUUCCUCAUGGUGGAGGCCAACACUGUUCCCAUCCUCAGGGGUAGGACACUGUGCUGGAAUGGGUCAGAAACAUUCCCUGGUGUUUAUUUUGUCUCCUCUAAAUGUCCCUUUUUUCGCUUUGUCCUUUUUUGGCAGGUAAACAACAAGUCCUGACAAAGGCGCUCUCCCCGUUCGAUGACUCUGUGGAUAAAAAUCCUGUGAUUCGGUCAGUGGUGCUCAAACUCCUGCUGAAGUACAGGUGAGGUGUUUCGUUGCAAAUCACAAUAAAGGUUUCUGGUGUAAAAUUUUGGCACACUGUCUCACAUUUACUUAAAUUAUGCUGUUUCUAAAGCUUCGAUGAGGUAAAGGCUUAUCUGCAGCAGCACCUGGUGGCAGUUGAGCAGAGUAACAUCCUGGAGGAGUCUGACAAAACUGAGCUGUACUUACUGUACAUAAACUGCCUGGAGGUAUGCAAACAUACAUGAAAAAUCAAGUCUUUUAAUUGAGGCAUUUUGCAGUUGAACAUCAGUUAUUUUCAUUUCUGCAGGACUCAAUGUUUGAUAGGCUGCAGUUUAGAUCCCCUGCAGACCAGCAGGUAUGUCUGCAGGAUGAAAGUGCCUUCCUGGCUGAAUACCUGCAGUCGCAGGCUCACGCUGCCGAAGUGGCAACUGUUGAUUAUCUGCAGCAGGUCGCCAGAGUGCGCAUGGACCUGGAUAUGGCUGCAAGCCUUAUCGUGGAAAACCUGAGCAGCACAGGUGUGUAAUCUAGAUCUUCAAUGAAAAUGUUUGUGAGGGUUUCAAUUAGGGCCUGGCCAAUAUGGAUUUUUGGGCCGAUACCGAUUAUUGGGGGGGGGGGGGGGGGGGUGAUUACUGAUUAAUUGACUGAUUUUUCAAAAAUUUGAUAUAAAGUUAUUAAAAAUAUAUAUAUUAUGUAGAUAUCUACAUUAUACUAUAUACUGUAAAUAUACCGUAGGCUACUGCUCUUCACGACCUACUGAUUAAACUCGGACCAGAAAAGCGUUUACAACUAACCCCCCGCCGAUCGGUGGCUCCGCCGAUCAGUGCCUCAGCGUCUUAACUCACGUUACUCAUUUCCGGUCCGGUCUCAUCUGGAGACGUAAGAGAAGCAGCUCGACCACGUAAUGUGUACUGUUGUUUAUUCUACCGUUACUGGCACGGCUAACAGUGUAGCAAGGCAAAUAGCAGAUGGCUAACUCUAACUUUAGCUUAAUUACAUGGUGCUUUACCGUUAACUCGGCGUGACCGAGACCAGCACAGAGGGUUAACAUCGUGAAGUCGGUUGAACUGAGACUUGUUGACUUAUUGUGUAUUUCACAAACUGUUUUUUUCACCGUUGAGGCGGACCACUCUCCUCCGUGCGCCCUUGAGCUGCCUGCUUCAGAGCCGUCACUCUGCUGUGCUGUGAGGUAGUUAGUGAAUGAAGAUUUUCAUGAGGUCGCUGUCCUGGCACACAGGGGCCGACGCAAAUAUAGAACGCGAAAUUAUAAAAUAUUCGGGGGCGAAUUUUGACGUGCCUGACUAUACACGUCAAGCCCAAUGCGAUUAUGAGACUUUUCCCGGGGAAGUCCCGCCUGCGUCGCCUCUGAUUGGCUGGAAAAGCUGGAAACGUCAUCACACGCUCAAGCCAAACGGUUAGCACUUACAGCCAAUCAGAAGCGAUAAGAUAAGCACAUGAAACUAUGGUAACAGCCGCUAGCUUACGUUAGCACAGAUGAAAGUUAAAACAAAGGCAUUUAGAAAACUGUUAAAGCACACAAACCAUCGUCAUAUGAGAAAUCCGACGCUAUGACUCUCCACAAGUUGUCCUUCAGGUCGUUAUCUUUGUAAUACUGUCUUUUAUCAUAAAACACUCUGUUCUCAGACACAAACAAUCAGCCGGUCGGCCAUGUUGGAUAUACCGGUGAAGCUUACGUCACAACAACACGCAAUCUGUGAUUGGUCAGAAGUGGACACACAGUAUGCGAAACUUACAAAAAUCAACCAUGAUCCGAAAAAAUUAAGGCCGCAAUAUCGCAGGACGGGAAAACGUCGCUGAUGUGAACGCCUGUAUUGACAAGAUACGGGUUCGAAAAAAAAUAUUGACAUCCGAAAUAAUCGCACUACAAAAAUGGUCUCAGUGUGAAAGGACCUUAAGUUGGGCAACUUUUGAAAUGGUGGAACAUUUUCGAGGUGAAACCAAAUCUUAUUCUCUCCAUUUUAAUUCUGAAAAUAUCGGCGACAAUAGGCGAGUUUUGGCCAAUUACUAGUUUCAAUCUGCAAAUUUAUCAAUCUGCAUUCACUUUGUCCAGAGAGCCAUCAGAAUGGAACCUCAGCCUUCCUGGACAGCGUGGUGAGCUUGUGUAGACGCAGUGGGAACAGCUGGUAUCGUGUCUACUUGAUCCGAAAAAUCUGCAGACAGCAUGGAGUAGAGUUUGUCCUGAAGCUCCUGAAAGUGGAUGAAAUGCGUUGGCUCUUCCCUGAAGAAGUUCUCGGAAAGGUGAAGCUAUCCUCUUUUCCAUUUAGUGUUUAAAGAGAAGCAGGAAUUUAACCUGAAUAUGCUUGCAGUGAUUAGAUAACUGAGUUCAAAUGUUGUUAUUCAGAGUGAAGAGGCCGCUCCCGUAGACCAGUACCUUGUGUGCGGGGAGGACUACAAGACUGUGAGAAAUGCUGUUGCAAAGGUGGUGAUGGAAGGCAAAGUGGACGGACUGGAUGAGAGCUGUGAGGUAAUAUCACAUCCGGUAUCUGCUGGUUUAACUCAUCAACAGGUCUGAACGUGCUCUGUUUCUGUGCUCACACUUCCUCCGUCGCGUUUUCCUCACAGGGGUGCAGAUGCCAACCUCAGUGGAAGACGGUUUAUCUCCUGCUGGCACUUUACAGAGAAGUCACCACUCUCUACAGAGAUGCCAAUGCUAGCUUCCAUCCCAAGCCCAAGGUAGGCAGCAUUAUUCAUUUGUAUAUUAUUGAACUAGCUUGCACUAUUUUUUCAACACAUCAGACUGCAGCUGUACUACAAUGUGUGAUUCAUACAUGUGAGAGCUUCUAGAAAACCCGCAGAAAUGUGAACAAAACAAACAACUCCUGAAAAAAUCCCAGUGUGGAUGAAGUCAAAACGUACUUCAGACCAUGUCGAAUACAUAUGAAAUAACCCCUUUUUUUUGCACGCCAUGCAGCAAUUGGAAGUCCUGAUGGCCUACAUCCAGACCUCCAAAUUCCUCCCGAGUCCCGAGAUGAAGAAGUUUGCUCAAGUUUUGGUGACCAACCAACUCCAGACGCUGGUCCUUCAACCCGGGACAUCUGGGGCCAAGUCUGCUUUGGUGGACUUGGCAAUCCACCUGGCUGUCGUCUAUCUGUGCGGGAACCCGGGGAUCCUGACACCUCUGCAGCAACUGGCGAUGGCACCCGCCAACAUGCAGGUAUGUCCAAAGUUAGCUCCUCUUUUUCUCCUCCGAGUUGUGCUCCACCUCCUGCUCCUCCUCUUCUUCUUCUUUCAACUUAAUUGUUUAUGUUUUUGGAAAACAGGCUGCCUUUUUACCCACGAUGCCUGAGGACAUGGUGGCAGUGGCCCAACAAGCAAUGGGACAAGUGCGGUGGUACCGUAAGUCACACACAAAAAGAAGAUACUUACUCAGUUAAAGAUUUUGCAUGGACUCAUGUUGUUUCUAACUUAUUUACUCUCACUGUAGAUUGUCCUAAUGGUCACCCCUGCACAAUUGGAGAGGUGUGUGUGCGUUUUUGAAUACACAAUAACACUUGUUUCACUUAAAUUUACUGAAUAUUAUGAGUCAGUUUGUUUCCUCAUGCAUUUGUUUCUCUGUAGUGUGGUCAGCCGAUGGAACAAAGCCGAUGUUUAGACUGUGGUGCAGUGAUUGGAGGAAUAAAUCACGCACCUGUGCAGGGAUUUCAAAUGGUUGGGUUACAGUAAGUUGACCGUGAGCUUUAUCAGGACAAAAAAAGAAACAUGGCAGGAAGUUAAAAAGUGGACAUUUUCUUUAACUUUGUGUGUAUUUGUUCAUUUCUUAUCAGGGCCGACCGCACACAGACAGGUCACAUCCUGGGGAACCCCGGCCGCAGAGACAAUCCAGACAUGUUGGACACAAAGAGCCUCUCUCAGGUCCCUUUCAUCAUCGUUCGCAUGCUGACACACAUGUCCAUGCUGCUCGGUACCUGCUGCAACCUACAGGUAGCUUGGACCUAAAAAUGAGUGCAAUCCAGCUUGUUUGGAGGGAUUGAAAGAAAAAAUGAUGAUUUGGGUUUUUGUUGUGAUUUUAUACAAGUUGUUUUGCCUUCAAUAUAUCUGAUAUGUAUUUAGUGUUGAUAUGAACCAACGUAUUUUAAAUAAAGAGACAAAAUAGAGUAAAAACAUUCAAAGGGGGUGUUAUUGUUAACACCCUAAUUUUUCAUGUAAUAAGUUAGAGUCCAAAGGUCUUUUUUUUUUUUUCUUGUGUUUCUAGGUUAUUUCUGCCAUCAUUAAGCCUCCAGUACAUGACCCAGGUGAAUUUCUGCUUGCUCACUUGCAAAAAGACAUGGAACAUCUUAUCAGAUCCCUCGGAAAGGGGACAGACGACACGUUCAGCGCCGUUCAUCUGCUCAUCAGCAGCUUCCUGCAACAAGCAUGUAAGGACCAACCACAAACAAGAACAACCGCACAUCUGCUCUGUCUCAUAUACCAAAAGUUGAAUUAGGCUCUCUCCAGCUUUUUUCUCUGCAAAUUGAGCAGCAGCAGGAAAGUGAUAGAAAAGGCUGCCCCCUAGUGGUCAAAAUUAUGUAGGCCUCAGUUUGGAGUUAAUGCACGCACACAGGAUGUUUGGAAGGUUUUAUAACUGAGAGCUGUAGUUUUUGUCCUUUUAAGAAUGCAUUUUUUUGCUUUUCAAAUGUUCUUUUGAUAAUGAAAUCAUAGUUAUUGAAUAUUUGUAAAUGUUGGCUUUCAAUCCUCUUAAAAAAUACAAACAGACAAAAGAAGUCAAACAGUCUGGAUCAUGUUUCACUCAGCUUGUAUCCGCUUUCAGGGCCUGUUCCCAACAACAAUCUGCUCGCCACCAAGGAAGCGAGAAAUAUAUGGGAGGUGGAAGUGAGCAACACGAUCAUCACACCACAGCUGAAGGUAAGAUGACUGUAUAUGUCCUAAAAGGGAGCAUAGUCUGCUCAUAGCAAACACUUCUGCAUUAAAAUUUGCAUCUUGGAUCCCACAGAACUUGGAUAGACAGCUCAAAGAAGUGAACGCGUUCAUCCAAGCCGACUCCCGAAUCUCUGCCAAUCCAAUCAUGAAGCUGCUGUUUGGGGAUCCCCGUCUCUUCUUGGCGUCACUCCCUCAAAAUUCACUCAUCCAUCGUUCUGCCGUGUGGAGCUGCAGGGACAAAGUCUCCGUGCUCAGCCUCACCCACAUCGUAGAGCAGAACGGAGGCAGGGACGCUCUGCCUGUGCUCUGGAGAUUCCUGCACAAGGUAAAGAAACUGAACACAGAGAAGUAUACAUAGAUAUCCCUACAUGUCCGUAUAAACCACAGGUUCAACAGUUUUAAAGAGGCACUACCGCUGACACAUGAUUGUUUCUUUUUUAGGAGGCCGAGCUCAGACUGGUCAGAUGCCUUCCUGACAUCCUCGCAUUGCAGAGAGAUCUCGUCAAGAGGUUUCAAAACGUCACCGACUUGUCGUUCAGCACUAUCCGUGAAUUCCUCCACAGCCAGAAAGCAGGUACUGAAACUGAGCGUGGACGUCACAGUUGUGCACUUUUCCACACAAAAAACAAAAACCAACCUUUUUCGAAUCACUCCUUUUUGUACUGUGUGUGCCUCAACUUUGAAUUAAGUUUGAUUUUUUUUCUUUAUCUUCGUAGUUUCUCUGAGAGCUUGGUAUGAGAAAUACAUCAAGAUCUUCCUCACCACCUGGAACCAGCUCAGAGCAUCUCUGGCCACUAAUGGUAAAUAUCAUUUCAUUCAAACUCACUCACCUUUUCAACAUCAGGAACUGACCUGAGUUAUUUUUGUCUAGGUGAGAUCAAGAUCCCAGCUGAUCUCUGCGAGCGAGACCUGGACAUCAACACUGGUGACUUCAAGAUGCUGUUACCACGGCGACAAGGCCCAGGCCUUUGCUCCACAGCUCUUGUCAGCUACCUGAUCGCCCUGCACAAUGACCUGAUCUACUGUGUGGAUAAACAUACCGGAGAGGAGACCAGGUGGGGGAGCUGUUGUCCCAUUUUUCUCCCUUUCUCAUGUUUCUCUCUGAGUCCAGACUGGACUCUAUUGUGCCUGGUCUACUGAAGGAUUAUCAAAAAGAGUGAAAGAUAACUUUUUUUUAUUGCAAACAAGAGAGAGAUGAGAACAAUAACAAAAAAGUACAUUUGCAGACUUAGACCUGUUGUCUAAACUCUUAUCUCCUCUCCAUCCCACAGCUACAAAGUAAGCCCUGCAGACCUGACUGACCUGCAUGUGAUCCGGUACGAGCUGGAGAGGGAUCUGAUGCCCCUGGUUCUGUCCAACACUCAGUACAGCAUCGAGAGAGGCCAGGAGACUCUUCAUGAGUACGACUUACAGAAAAUCCAGCAGCAGAUCAUCUCACGCUUCUUACUGGGCAAACCUCUCAUCACUCUGAACGUGAGCAGAAGAAAAAAAGCAGAAAAAUGAACUUUUUUCUGUUUGAGAAGAAGAGAAAUGUCACAUUUACAUUUUGUUGUUGCUUUUUCUCUGCAGGGAAUCCCAACUUUAGUGAACAGACAAGACCGCAACUAUGAGAUUAUCCUGAAGGAUGUGAAAGCAAAAGUCAAACAAGUAAGUCGUGAUUUUAAAAACACAAAAAAGGCAGUGUGUUCAAUGUGUUUUUGGAGACUUAAUUUCAUGACAUCAAUCCACCUGUGUCCUCGUCCCCUCAGGAGCCUCUUCAGACUCUCACCCUGUUCGCCAUGGCGGGGGAGCUGCACUCCUACAGCGAGGUGUGUGAGGCCUUGUCCACCCUGGAAGUGGCCUUAGGCUUCCUCGCCAUGACCGGGGGAGAGCCCCACAUGCAGCUGUCCUGCUACCUGGAGGAGGUGCUGCAGAUGGAGAACCAGAUGGCGCCGCACAUUUUCAAGGUCAGCCUAUCAGGGACAUGGGUUAUUCUAUCUUGUUGCACAUUGUCCUGCUCCCACUGAGUGAAAUAUGUUACUAUAUAUUCACCCUCGAGUACAAGCAUUCAGGUUACUGUAGUUUUACUUCCUAAAUAUGUGAAUAAGUGAUUCAAACGUGUACUUCAUAUAAAAUCCGGUUUGAUGUCAUUUGUGUUUGACCUGCAGGCUCUCAGCAUGGUCUAUCUGAAGCAUUGUGUGGCUCUGUGGCAGCUGCUGAUCUCACUGAAAUCUGAACACAUGCUGCGGCUCAAACGGGUAAGGUUUAGAGAUGGAGACAUGAAAACAGACUUUAGUAGAUGACUCAGAUGUGAAAAAGAAACUCAUCAUUGAUUCUAUCACUGUUUUUAUUUGUGUGUUUUUAGGAUCCGUUUGUGGAAAUCUCAAAGACGUACAAAAAAGCCCUCGGUGAGGACGAGCACCGGCUGCUGACCGGCUUCUUCUCCAAGAACAGCGCUGACACGUUCCUGCUGGAGAUGCAUGAGUUCCUGGUUCUGGUCCUGAAGAAUCCCAAUGCACUUGACACCUUCAAGCCUGACUGGAGGUAGAGUAUGGAUCUUAUCGCCUUACAAAUACCAGAGUUAUAGGUCGGCUGAUGCACUGGUAGCUUGCAGGAUUGCAGACUUCACAAAGCAAAGACUGAUGAUACCAAGAGAAGCAACACUGUGCUAAAUACGUCUUGACAAAGAAAGACAAAACUUUAUUUCCCCCACAAAAAGACUGCAUCUUCUAUUCUUGUGCAACUGUUUCUGGUUUUGCAGUACUUUAAAUUGUCACAAUCUUGGUAAAUGAUCCAAAGUAAGGAAAUUAAACAGCUGAUACCAUCGCUUAAACUUCUUGGUAGACCAUGGUGGAUCAUUUAACUAGAAAAUCAGAAAAAGAUGAAAAGUAAAUCUAGUUCUUCUUUUCUCCCUCUUUUCUCCUUCCAGUAUUGAGAUUAAUUUUCUGAUUUUUUCCUUUAAAGCUUGAAAGACACACUGAUCUCCUACAUGGAGCGCAAAGAUCUGGACGUGCCCCCUGAUGUGGAGGAGUUGUUCCCCGGAGAGAUCUGCCUGUGCCACUACGUGGAAGCCUGGAAGUUCAUCGUGGCCUUCAAGCAGGAGCGAGGACAGAGACAGUGA